AUGGAGCUCGAUAUGAUGACGCGACCGUAUGCGCCCACAAUACAGGGGUCCUCGGCCAGGUGGCCGAGGUCGGAUGCCCUCGACUUGUACUCCAUCAUCCCCUAUGCAGAGGAUUACCAAGCUCGCGCAGAUGCAAGAAGAUGCUUCACCACCAGUGAGUCGAUAUGCAAGGUAACUUGGACCGAUGUUGAUGGGGGCGACCUAGUGACCGAGAGGACUUUGAGCUCCUUGGAGGAGCUCCGCAGCCAUAGAAGUCUUCAUGGGGCCCAGAGAGGCGGGUUGAGAAUCAUAUCCAUCAACCAGCGCAAUUCUUGGAGACCGCUCAACGUGACUCGAGACGUCUUUGAGGAAGUCGUCGAUAUCAUUGACGCCUCGUCGGACUUGCUGGAGUUGCCCCUGUCUUUCUUCCAAAAGAGCAUCGCGGUCGAGGAAGGCUUCACCAGCGCCCCUAUUCUAAAGCUCAGUGCCGACUCACUCGAAAUCAUUUACAUCAUCAAAUACGCCUUUGAGAAACCACUGGAUGAGAAGGGGAAAGAUCCCUGGGUGCUACGACAAACUGGGGUGUACCAAAAAUACGACUUCGCAACCAAAAGCAACACCUGGCUCUUCCUCAAUCCAACUGUCGACUGUCGAUUCCAAGACCGUCUGAAGCGCUAUCUUCUAUCCCCGGCAGAGCGUGCCUCACUGCGGCGCAAUCCCCUCCUCGUUCACAGCAUCCUAUUCGGGACUUUUUUUUCUGCUUGGAGAGAUUAUCUGAAGCACCUAGAGGGACGGAUGCUUCCCAUUGCCAACACCACGGUGGCAGCUGAAAUUGACAAGCCGCUGCGGGUGAACCACGAGUCGUUGACGGCGGUUCGCAGCACCGAGAAUCGAUGUUUGGCUCUGCAGCCCAUAUUCCGGUCGCUUGACAAAACCUUUGAGGUGUUGCACCAAGCCAACGCCGCCCUUGCAGAUCGCGGUGCGACCGAAAAAUAUGACGUGCAGAUGAUGAAGCAGCUGCUUAACAACUACUCAUCCACGGUAAGCUCAUACGGUCAGGCGGCAUGGUCACUGCAGAGCCGCACUUCACGGAUCGCGGCACAUAUUACCGACACGCUGUCAUUCAAAGAUGCAUAUAUCUCAAAGCGGCAGACCGAGUUCAUGCUGCGGGACUCAACCACCGUCCGUGUCAUAACGGUCGUAACGUUGGUGUAUCUCCCGGCUACCUUCAUGGCUACUCUCCUCGGAAUGAACUCAUUCUUUGAAAUGGACGAGAGUCGAAAUGUCGUUGUAUCCCCGCAAUUCUGGAUCUACAUCGUCUGCUCGGUCCCGCUCACGGCUGCAACGCUGUGUUACUGGUGGUACUUCCAGAAGGCCAAACAGCGGACUGAGCGAUCCACUACCGAAGCAUUAAUGGUGUAA